AUCUUACGCAUACGCAAAGAUACAAAUUUGUCGUUUACGUCGACGUCGUCGCCGUCGUCUUCAUUGUUGUCGCGCUUUCGGGCGCGCAUUCAACAGUUUGAUAAAUAUAUAUGUUUAUUAUAAUGCUUAUGCGUCGGCAACGAUUUGGGCGCUGAUAACGCAAAUAACAAGUGACAGCCCAAUAUUGCGUGCAUGAAAUCCAAUCAACUUGUGGAGUUUUUGUGAAUCAUUCGUGAAAUAACGACCGACCGCAAAGUAUUGCACAUUUGAAAUAUUAGACAUUAAAAGACCAACCACAAGAUGGGCUUCUCAUCAGCCCUGCAGGGCCGUGCCGCGCACGAGGCCUUGAUCGUGCGCCAGGACGCCGAACUCCGACUCAUGGACACCAUGAAGCGCUCCAUACAGAUGAAGGCUAAGUGCGACAAGGAAUACGCACUGAGUCUAGCCGCUGUCGCCCAACAGGGUUUGAAAAUCGAUCGUGCUGAUGAAUUGCAAGGCAGCCUUAUCACUAAAUCCUGGCGCUCCUACAUGGACGAAUUGGACCAGCAGGCGCGACAGUUCAAGUUCAAUGCCGAACAACUGGAAGUUGUUUGCGACAAGCUGGCGCAUCUGUCACAGGAUAAACGUAAAGCCCGUAAGGCCUAUCAAGAGGAACACGCCAAAAUUGCGGCGCGCCUCAAUCAUCUGACAGACGAGGUGGUGCGCAAGAAAAGCGAAUACCAAAAACAUUUGGAGGGCUACAAGGCGUUGCGCACGCGCUUUGAGGAGCACUACAUAAAAGCACCUCAUGGUCGAAGCGGUCGCAAGCUCGACGAUGUACGCGACAAAUAUCAGAAGGCCUGCCGCAAACUGCAUCUCACACAUAACGAAUAUGUUCUCUCGAUAACUGAGGCCAUUGAGGUGGAGAAGGACUUUCGAACAGUGUUGUUGCCCGGCCUUCUUGAGCACCAGCAGUCUGUCCAGGAGAGCUUCAUACUGCUCUGGCGCAACAUUUUGCAGGAAGCAGCGCAAUAUGGCGACUUAACAGCCGACAAGUAUAAGGAGAUACAGAAGCGUAUCGACACUGUGAUAGGCAACAUUAACCCGACCGAGGAGUACGGAGAGUUUACCGAAAAACACAAAACCUCGCCCACUACUCCCCUGCUCUUUCAAUUCGAUGAGACGCUUAUUGAGGACAUACCCGGAAAACUGCAGUCCAGCACUUUGACAGUGGACAAUCUGACGGUGGACUGGCUACGCAAUCGUCUGCUCGAACUGGAAUCCGCAGUCAAAGAAGUUCAGGACAAGCAGCUAAAGAUGAUCGAGCAUGUGAAUGGCGGCUCCCCCGUGGCCAAUGGCAGCAUCAUAUCGAAUGGCAGCAACACGUCCAACGGCAUUCAGUCCAACAAGGAUAGUCAGAAUCGUCAAUCCAAGGACCUCAAUGCUUUGCGCUGCCAGGAGAAGCAGAAACAAAAACUGGUGGAUAUGAUCAAGUAUGCCCUUAACGAAGUGGGCUGUGAGGAGUUGCCUUCCGGUUGUGAUGACCAUCUAACGAUGGAGCAGAACUUUAUCGACCGUGGCUACAAUAAUGAGCAACAGCGCUCCAAUUCGACAAGUUCUCCGGGCGUAAGUAUCGUGAACGAACUAAUGCGACGUGGCGGCGUCCUGACCUUACUCCGAGGUCGUCAUUUUAAGCGUAAAUCCACGCCACAGCCCACCACGCCCAUGGCCAGGGCACGUCUGGGUCGUUUUAACAAGAUGCAGCCUCGCUCCCAGAGCCUCGGAUCGCUGUCGGUAAUUACUGCGCAUAGUCCUGCACGUUACGAUUACGAGCCCAUUACUAACCCUUUGCGCCUGGCGGCAAGCGUUCACUACCUCGGUGAGGAGAUAAUACUAAGGAAUGCGUCGCCGCCAGCGCUACCUCGGCUUAGACGCACGCAGUGUUCCAUGUUGUGUUUGAGCGAGGAAGAUCCGUUGCCCAAUCUUCCCAAUCUGCCCGCUUUGACCGAGUUACAGUUACCCCAGUUAGAUGCCGACGCUUCUUUGAGCGCCCCUGCUACUAACACUAACAACAACCACAUCUAUGCCGACCUCGAGCUUAGCCGCAAGUGCAAUGACACGGACAGCAUUGCCAGCGGGGAGCUGGCGGGGAAGCGACAGCAAAUCGAGAUCGAGAUUAAUCGCGUGGACAGCAUGCGAGUGGCACCAGCUGUGGAGGCUGUGCCUUCGCCGCCGCAGAACUCCAUCGAUGCGCAUUUGGAUCGUAUUGAUGAGCUAAACCGUGCGUUGGACGAUCGUUUGAAACGUACUCUGAAAUCCUCUGUGCCCGUUGAUGUGAAUGCUAUAGAAUGUGCCGAGGAAGCGGCGUGGGUGCAAACUCGAUGCGUCCAUGAGGAUGUUGAAAGUCAGGCAAAGCGCAGCUCGAGUUCCAGCUCCGAAUGCCGCUCAUCGCAGCUAAGUGGCAGGGAGGACCUGCAAAAGCUCAGUAGUUCUCAGGCCAAGAAACGUUCAUUGUCCUUUACCCAAAAGUCGAUCAGCAAUAUAUUCACGAACAUCAAGGAGUUUUCGAAAAGUCCCUUGGCACGCAUGCACAACCGAAGUGCCAGCAUUGCGCUCAGUGAGGAGCAGGAAGGAACAGAGACGAACCCCCCCAAGGAAGCCGGCUACUCCAGUCAACAUUCCAGCAGCAGCGACACUCAAAAGAGCAUCAACAACAGCAACAUCAAUCACGGAGCUGCUGCCAAGUCCACCAUUAUCACCAGCACCAUUACAACAACGAUUACCACAACGACGACCGCUUCACCGCCAUCGCCGGCUCCUGCCUUCUCGCAGCCAUCCAAAGAAACGUCAAGACUGAAAUUUAAAGUGCCAAAAAUACAAAAGAAAUCGAAGGCCAUACGCAACACAUUCCGUUCCAAGCUGCUCAAUUUCCAGCUGAAGCGCGCCAAGCCCUGCAAGACGUGCACCAAGCGCAGGCGCAUACAUCCUAGCAAGAGCGUAUUCGAUUUCGCCAAGGAGUUCGAUGUGAGUGACAGUCCCGAGGAGUUUUGCACUUGUCCACCGCCGCCAAAGACAAAACUUAUCAACAGCUCGACAAAUACAGAGCGACCCGUUCAUUCGCAUAUGAACGGCAUGGACCAGAACGAUGUUGGGGAGGAUGGUGAGGAACAGGACCGCAGCAGUGACGAUCUGCUGAGCAUAAAGGAGCACUGCUAUUGCGUGCCCAGCUUAGCGGCGAGUCUCUCGCUCUCCACUAAUCGACCACUGUAUGAAGAGGAAUGGUUCCAUGGCGUCCUUCCGCGGGAGGAGGUUGUGCGCCUCCUGAAUAACGAUGGAGAUUUCCUGGUGCGGGAAACCAUUCGAAAUGAGGAAAGCCAAAUUGUGCUGAGCGUGUGUUGGAAUGGACACAAACACUUCAUUGUCCAGACCACGGGCGAUGGACAUUUCCGCUUUGAAGGUCCGCCUUUCCCUAGCAUACAGGAACUGAUCAUGCAUCAAUAUCACUCCGAACUGCCAGUCACGGUCAAAUCAGGUGCCAUCUUGCGUCGACCCGUCUGCCGCGAACGCUGGGAACUGAGCAAUGAUGAUGUCGUACUACUGGAGAAAAUUGGCAGAGGAAACUUUGGAGACGUUUAUAAGGCAAAACUCAAAUCGACCAAGCAGGAUGUAGCCGUAAAGACUUGCCGCAUGACCCUGCCAGAUGAACAGAAACGCAAGUUUCUACAAGAGGGUCGCAUACUUAAGCAGUACGACCAUCCAAAUAUAGUGAAACUUAUUGGCAUUUGUGUACAGAAACAGCCCAUUAUGAUUGUCAUGGAGCUCGUACCGGGAGGCUCGUUACUUAACUACUUGCGCAAAAAUUCAAAUGGACUCUCAACCCGCCAACAGAUGGGCAUGUGUCGGGAUGCAGCAGCAGGCAUGCGGUAUUUGGAGUCGAAAAAUUGCAUACAUCGCGAUCUAGCGGCGAGAAACUGUCUGGUAGACUUUGAGAACAGUGUAAAGAUCUCCGACUUUGGGAUGUCCAGGGAGGAGGAAGAGUAUAUAGUCUCCGAUGGUAUGAAGCAAAUACCAGUCAAAUGGACCGCACCCGAGGCCUUGAACUUUGGCAAGUAUACGUCACUGUGCGAUGUUUGGUCCUAUGGCAUACUCAUGUGGGAGAUAUUCUCGAAGGGAGACACUCCCUAUUCGGGCAUGAGUAAUUCGAGAGCCAGGGAGCGCAUCGAUACAGGCUAUCGCAUGCCCAUGCCGGAGAACACGCCGCCCGAAAUGUAUCGUCUGAUGGUAAAGUGCUGGGCGGCCGAUGCCGAUUCCCGUCCACAUUUUGAUGAAAUCUGUAAUGUUGUUGAUGCGCUCAUCCUGCGCCUGGACAGCCUGAGCAGCGUGAACAGCCACUGAGCGUGAUUGCCAGCAACAUGCGUCCAGUCUAACUAUUUAGCCACAUACUCAAUUAGUGUAAGGAGCGCUUUUAAAGUACGCCACAUCUAUGUCGUUUAGAAUUAGACAACGAAUCGCCUGUAUUUAUGAGAUAAACACGUACUAUAUUUUUAGUAAUGCUAGAGUUCUAUCUACGAAGAAAGAUAUUUAUACAUACAAGUAAACAUAGUACAUAUAUUUUGUAGCCAUGUAAAUUGUACAUUUUCUAUAUACAUACAUACAUGUAAGAUGUGCUUGUGUGCGUGCGGUUUUUAUGCAAUGAUCCUUAAUGUGCCAAAAAGAAAUACAACAACAAAAUAAAUAAAGAAACCCGUAGACGGCGAGCUGAGAUGCAUCGCGGAUGCUUUUGGAAACUUCGUGUGAGUGCAUGUGAAACAAAUGACUUACCUUUAUUGAAUUUAUUAUUUUAGUUGCCUACACUUGUGCAGGUGUAUUUAGUUUAGAGUUUUGUAAAAUACGACGCCUUACGUUGGUCAAUUUGUCUUAUUGUCAAUAUUGCUCGGAAUAGAACCCACUUUGUAUAUUUAUUUAAAGUUAUUUACAUUUCUAAUAAAUACGCUUACAUUUAAGUUCUACACUUUAAGUUUCGCUGCGCUGCUGAAGGUAUAUAACAGAAAAUAAAAAAUAAAUAAUAUAUGUAUAUGUUUAACAA